AUGGCAGAAGGUCUUUUGCAAACCCAAAGAAACAAGCCGCUGGAAGAAGUUGGAAAUGAAUAUCUUAAAGAUCUAGUAUCGAGGUCAUUCUUUCAUGUUUGGUCAUAUGGCAGACUUACCAUGCAUGAUCUUGUGAAUGAUCUUGCCAAAUUUGUAUCAGGAGAAUCUUGUUUGAGGUUGAAUCAUGAUUGCUCACAGGACUUUGUGACAAACAAGACCCGUCAUUUAUCACUUUGGAGGUGCAAGUCCUAUGAUAUCAAUAUAUUAGGGGAUGGUUGUGAAAAUAAGACACUAAUAAUGCAUUCUUGUCUUGAACUUACUCAGUUGCCAGUUAUAAUUGACAGUUUGAAGCAUCUGAGGUACUUAGACUUAUCUGGUAGUGCAAUUGAAAGGAUGUCUGACACGAGAGAUGCCACCACAACUCUCAAACUUGAAAAGUCUGAAAAGUUUAGGACAAUUUGCUGUCGGAAAAAUAUUGAAUCUAAUAUUAAAGAGCUAGGUAAGUUUCAAAAUCUGCGUGGUAAACUAUGCAUUACAAAUCUUGAGAAUGUAGUAAAUGUUGAAGAUGUUUCGGAGGCCAAUUUAAAGGAUAAGAAGCUUAUUCGUGAACUGAUCUUGGAGUGGAAGGGUGAUAGUGCUAAAGAUUCACAUGAAGCAUGGAAGAAGGAGUGGUCAUUGAUGGGAUGUAGCAAACAAGUUGGUGAUGGAGUUUUCUCAAAUCUUAAGUAUGUUACUUUUUCAGACUGUCCGAAGCUAAAUGGAGCGUGCAUACCAGAUUAUCUUCCAUCCUUGACCUAUCUUCGUAUAAGUGGAAGUAGUGACCAUCUGGUGGGUUCGUUAUCAAGGUGUGAAUAUCCAUCGCUUGAUAAGUUGCAUUUAGAAUAUUGUCCAACAAUGAAGUCGUUUCCACAAGGGAAAUUGCUCUUCAACAUUAAAAAAAUUAAAAUAUUUGAAUGCAAUGAAGUAGUGUCACAUUCGAAAGAGGGUUGGCCAUGCAACUUAAAGUCGCUUAAAAUAAGCCAAUGUGAAAAGGUGUUUGGGGAACCCAUGGAGUGCAAUCUGCGGAUGCUCACUACUCUUACUUCUCUGAAGUUAAACUUGCCGCCAAACCUCAAAUCCCUAAAUGGGAUGGGUUUUGGAUGCCUUGUCUCCCUUCAAAAAUUGUAUAUUAUAGCAUGUGGUGAGUUCCAGUGCUUGGUAGAAGAAGAUGAAGGGCUACCAGCCUCUCUUACUACUCUUGAGCUCUGUUAUCUUCCAGAGCUCAAAUCACUAAAUGCCAGCGCCUUUCGAAACCUCACCUCCCUUCAAAAUUUGCUGAUUACUAAAUGCACACUUCUCCAGUGCUUGCCUGAAGAAAGGCUGCCAUAA